AUGUUAAUUCUGGUAGAGAUAAAACGCAUUUGUUUAAAGAAACACCCCUCAGUGUCGGAUGAGGGCCCCUCAGUGUUGGAUGAGGGCCCCUCAGUGUCGGAUGAGGGCCCCUCAGUGUCGGAUGAGGGCCCCUCAGUGUCGGAUGAGGGCCCCUCAGUGUUGGAUGAGGGCCCCUAUGUGUCGGAUGAGGGCCCCUCAGUGUUGGAUGAGGGCCCCUCAGUGUCGGAUGAGGGCCCCUCAGUGUUGGAUGAGGACCCCUCAGUGUCGGAUGAGGGCCCCUCAGUGUUGGAUGAGGGCCCCUCAGUGUCGGAUGAGGGCCCCUCAGUGUCGGAUGAGGGCCCCUCAGUGUCGGAUGAGGGCCCCUCAGUGUUGGAUGAGGGCCCCUCAGUGUCGGAUGAGGGCCCCUCAGUGUUGGAUGAGGCCCCCUCAGUGUUGGAUGAGGGCCCCUCAGUGUUGGAUGAGGGCCCCUCAGUGUCGGAUGAGGGCCCCUCAGUGUUGGAUGAGGGCCCCUCAGUGUUGGAUGAGGGCCCCUCAGUGUUGGAUGAGGGCCCCUCAGUGUCGGAUGAGGGCCCCUCAGUCUUGGAUGAGGGCCCCUCAGUGUUGGAUGAGGGCCCCUCAGUGUUGGAUGAGGGCCCCUCAGUGUCGGAUGAGGGCCCCUCAGUGUUGGAUGAGGGCCCCUCAGUGUUGGAUGAGGGCCCCUCAGUGUCGGAUGAGGGCCCCUCAGUGUUGGAUGAGGGCCCCUCAGUGUUGGAUGAGGGCCCCUCAGUGUCGGAUGAGGGCCCCUCAGUGUUGGAUGAGGGCCCCUCAGUGUCGGAUGAGGGCCCGUCAGUGUCGGAUGAGGGCCCCUCAGUGUUGGAUGAGGGCCCCUCAGUGUUGGAUGAGGGCCCGUCAGUGUCGGAUGAGGGCCCCUCAGUGUCGGAUGAGGGCCCCUCAGUGUCGGAUGAGGGCCCCUCAGUGUCGGAUGAGGGCCCCUCAGUGUCGGAUGAGGGCCCCUCAGUGUCGGAUGAGGGCCCCUCAGUGUCGGAUGAGGGCCCCUCAGUGUCGGAUGAGGGCCCCUCAGUGUCGGAUGAGGGCCCCUCAGUGUCGGAUGAGGGCCCCUCAGUGUCGGAUGAGGGCCCCUCAGUGUCGGAUGAGGGCCCCUCAGUGUCGGAUGAGGGCCCCUCAGUGUCGGAUGAGGGCCCCUCAGUGUCGGAUGAGGGCCCCUCAGUGUCGGAUGAGGGCCUCUCAGUGUCGGAUGAGGGCCCCUCAGUGUCGGAUGAGGGCCCCUCAGUGUCGGAUGAGGGCCCCUCAGUGUCGGAUGAGGGCCCCUCAGUGUCGGAUGAGGGCCCCUCAGUGUCGGAUGAGGGCCCCUCAGUGUCGGAUGAGGGCCCCUCAGUGUCGGAUGAGGGCCCCUCAGUGUCGGAUGAGGGCCCCUCAGUGUCGGAUGAGGGCCCCUCAAUGUUGGAUGAGGGCCCCUCAAUGUUGGAUGAGGGCCCCUCAGUGUUGAAUAAAACCCCGCUAAUCCAACAUUCAUGGUCCCUCAAUCUCUUUUUGAAGCUUCCGUACAUCUUUUUCGAGGUGGUGACUGCGUCAGGGCUGAAUUUCCCUCCGGAACUGAAAAAUUAA